AUGUGGAGGCCAUUAAAUGAUCAAGAUAAUUCCGAAAUUGCAAGAGAAGAGUCAAAGAAGGGAUUUUUUCAUAAUUUAAAAAAAUAUAAGAAUUUCAUAUAUAUAUUUUUAGGAAUUUUCAUAAUAUAUGUUUUAUUUAUUGUAUAUUAUGAAAUUAAUGAAAAAAAUGUAGAUAAAGACAUAGAUUGUAAUAUAUUAAAUGAAGAAUGUAAAAAUUACACGUAUCCCGAAUUUGAUCCUGAAAGACUUCGUAUUGUCGAUGCUAAUAUUGAAAAUAAUAACUAUAUAUUAAGAAGUAGUGUCCCUAUAUUUAAUGGCAUGUUUUCCGAAGAGCUACUUCUAAAAGAAAUUGAAAAAGUAAUGAAAGAAUCAAACUUACUUUAUAAGAACAAUUAUUCUCUAUAUAUUGUAUCCCUGUUAAAAAACAAUGAAAAGGAGGGAUGCUGUUAUGUGUCAGAGAGAUGUUAUGCAAAAAAAUCAAAUAUCGAUAAUCAAUUAAUUUUAGGAUAUAAAGAUAGCGAUCCUUUUGAUUUGGAUAAUAAAGAAAUGAUGGAAAAAUUAAAGAGUUUAGCUUGGAACACUGAUGAUAUAUUAAAUAAAGUAGAAAAUUUGCAUAAGAAUUUUGUUAAUAUGAAAAAUACUAUAUUUAUAAUUCAUUGCCGAAGAGGAAGAGACAGAACUGGAGAGUAUGUUGGUGCUUAUAGAAUGAUAAAGAAAAAACAUUCUUUUAAUAGUGUGAUGAAAAGUAAUAGUGAGAUAGGUACAUUGAGAGAUCCAUUUGUUAAAAUGCAAAAGUGGAUUUGUUUGUACUUAGAAAAAGUUUUAAAUUAUCCUAAUUUAGGUUGUUAUGAUUAUAGAACAGAUAGAUUAUAA